CUUAGAUGAUGAAUUUAGAUGUUUCGCCAUACGGAAUAUACUGUUUCCUUCAUUUCGGGCCACAGUGUUGCAGUGUGUGACGUUUAAUCAAAAACAAAACAUGCUUAAUACAUGUCAGACAAGCAAAGUUGGGUAUUUCACAGUGGCCAUGGACACAAUACUUCCAACCUUCGCUGUCCUGUGGAUUUUAACAGGAUUUCUACCUUUACCUGAAACGUUGGAGGCAAAGAUUUACCCUACGGAGUGUGAGCAUGUUUUCAGGAAUGUCUGUUUUGAGUUUGAGAAGGAAACACAAACCUGGUCCGAAGCCAGGAAGAGUUGUGAAAAACGCGGAGGUGAGCUGCUCAAGGUCACGAACAGCCCGAUCAGAAUAUUCCUAAAGAACAUCACCAACAAUGGACACAGUGAAAACUUCACAUGGUGGCUGGGGAAGGGGAUGCAGGGAGGGUCUGAUGGAGAAAAAAGUGAUGCUUCAGAGCAGAACUGCACAUACAUGAUGCCAAGUCCUUUCCAGCUCAACCUAACGUCAGACUGCAACCACAGCCGAAGCUUCAUCUGCACGCGCAAUUUGCAGGAUUCGCCCAACACAAAGAACACAACCGUGUCCAGUCAGGCAGGCAGAUCUCGACACAGGAGGAAUGUAGACAACAUGGAAAAUUACAUCAACAACAUUUUUCUACUUCUUCAAGAAGCAGACCAUCAAAUACAGGUGAUGGAAACAACAGCGGAGCAACCAACCAACGAGAACAUGGACAAAUUCAUUGAGCACUUGUAUGACGGAACUAAAGAACUCACUAAAGCCUUCGCAUCAGAAAACAAUGCCACCAUUGGUCGAAUUAUCAACUGCAGCACUGCCAUCCUCCUCCUGGCAAUCAAGAAAUGUGACCUUGUGGAGAACCCUAACAAAAAAGAUCUGUUUGAACAUGUUUUCAAAAUUUUUCGGAAAGUUGCUGAACUACUACGUACAGACCCUUUACAGCAGUUUGUUAUCAAGCAUCGAACAGGCACAAUUUAUCAAAACAGCUACAGUAUUCCCCACAUUGGUCGUGCACAGUUGGGUUCAGAGGAAGAAGAGGAGUUUGUGAUGUUACCUUCUUUUUCAGCGCUUCACACUGCCAUUGGCAAGCAGAAAACUAUCAACGCUCAGAUGGCUACGUUCCGAAAUAAUCCCCAUCCCAAUGAGAACAUCACGGGAGUGGUUUGCAGUGUUAUCCUUAACGAUGGAGAGACUGACAUCAAGCUGAAGAACUUGACAGAAAUGGUGGAGAUCUUUAUGUCUCAACCAGGCGCUCACGAGCUGAUGAACAGCACAGUCAUACUGGAGAAAAACACACAUUCUGUGACCACAGUCUUUGUCUUUGACCCCAACAUGACUAUUAUCUUCAAUGUGAAGCCCAGCCUAAAUGUGUCACUCAUCCUUACAUUGACUCAUGAGUCUAAUACUCACAUCACAAGUGCCACCCACAGAACCAUUCUGACCCCUGAAGGAGACUAUCGAUGGCUGAUAACCCCAGAUAUGUUGAAGCAGACCACUGGGAAUUGGCGUAUUGAUGCCAGACUCUUUAACUCUUCAUGGGAAGAAGGUUUGACUUUGGAAAUCAAUUCUUUUAUGAGCAAGUGCCUAUACUGGGAGGUGGACAUUGAAGACUGGAUAAUAGAUGGAUGUAUGGUGGGACCCAGGACCACCCCACGCAUGACACACUGUCUGUGUAACCACCUGACCCUGUUUGGGAGCUCCUUCUUUGUGAUGCCUAACUAUGUGAACAUAGCUCGCACCGCUGAGUUGUUUGCUACAGUGAAUGACAACUACGUGGUGCUGGCUUUGCUCUGCGCCUUCUUCGGCCUCUACCUGGUCACUCUGCUGUGGGCCUGCUAUGCGGACAGAAGGUCACGCUCUAAGAGAAAAAUCACCCUGCUGGAGGACAACCACCCUGGUGCUCAGUACAACUACCUGAUUGGUGUGCAGACUGGUCAUCGCAAGAAUGCUGGGACCACUGCCAAUGUAACGGUGAAGCUGAUUGGCUCAGAGGGUGAGAGUGAAACACAAACACUCACAGACCCAGAGAAGCCGGUGUUUGAGAGAGGAUCUGUGGACAUGUUCCUUCUGGCCACAGCUUUCCCCCUGGGUGAAGUAGGCAACAUCAGGCUGCAGCACGACAACUCAGGAGGUCGACCGUCCUGGUAUAUAAACAAGGUGACAGUCCAAGACCUACAAACCCGCCAUGUGUUUCACUUCUUUUGUGACUGUUGGAUGAGCUCUGACCAUGGAGAUCGUAUGACAAAGAAAACCUUCAAUGCAGCAAAGACCAAUGAGAUCGCCUGCUUUAGGUCAGAAAUGUUUCACUUCACACCGGCUUGUUGUUGUGUUGCCAAUUUUUUUUGUCAUGAUUGCGUUUUUUUUUCCUUUCCAUUGUCAGAAAUAUUUUCCAGAGCAGAACAUCCACUGGCUUUAGGGAUGAACACAUCUGGGUGUCCAUCGUGGAUCCUCCCUCACGUAGUCCUUUCACACGUGCACAGCGAGUUUCCUGCUGCAUGUGCCUGCUCCUCUGCACCAUGGCUAUCAACAUUGCUUUCUGGAACGUUUCUCUAGACCCAAACUCAACAGUCAUUUUUGUUUUAGGUGAAUUUGUGGGGAUUUCUUUGCCAUAAGUUAAAGACCCUGACUCUAGCUGUUGCCCUAUAUGAAUCUAAGUCCAUUCUUUGCUCAUGGAUAAAACUGAUCGAAAACAAAAUACUGCAAAAAUUGUAUACUUUCAUUUCAAAACCCACUUACAUAUGAACUUUUAAGCAAAUGGUCCGCAAGAAGGCGGUGUUUAGUCAGUCAAAUAAGAUUUGUUUUGCAAAGGCCAGCAACAGAGGUUUUGGAAUUUAAUUACAUUCCUUUUAGUAUUUUUGCUUCGAAAAAGUAAGGCCAGCAUUUGCAUGUGGGACCUGUGUGACUACACUGUGGAACUUAGCUGUUUCUUCUUUGGCAUCAGGUUCCCUAAAAGUCACCUGGCAGG